AUGCCUUAUGGUGAUGGCAUUUUGGAAUCACCAGCUGAUCGAUAUGGAAAAACAACAUUAUGUAUGCGUAAUGCAAAACGUUUAUUUAAAUGUGCUGCUUAUAUGGUAUACUUUGUUGGUGUUUUGGUCUUUGCUGUUGCAAGUAAAGGUUCAUUUCUUCUUAUGACACAAAGUUUAGGCAAUCGAUUGCAAGAAAAACAAUAUGCAAGUCGUUGGUCAUUUAUGUUAGUUGCUACAAUAUGUGUUCCAUAUGUAUUUCUUUUUCUUGAAGCAUUAGCAAAAAGUCUUUUUCGUAAUCGACGUGGACCCGUUUUUACAGAUUUAAUAACAAUAUUUGUUCUUGAGAGUAUUCAUACGUUUGGUGUUUGUUUACUCGUAUUUCGUGUUUUACCAAGUUGUGAUGUUAUACGUGGUCUUUUAUUAAUGAAUGCUGUUUGUACAAUACCAGCAUUUUGUAAAUUAACAUUAUCAAAAAGUAAUUCACGUCCAAUGUUACGAUUUUUAACAUUAUUUAUUGAUUUGGCUGCAUUUGCUGCACAAUGUUCAGUUUAUUUUGUUGUAACAAGUACACAAUAUACAGCAUUUUUAACAAAACCAUCAACAACAACAACAACACAAGCAACAAUUAUUGGUGAUUCAUUAUCAUCUGAUACAUUUGAUUCAUUAAAUACAGCUCUAAGUAAUUCAAUAAAAACAACAACAGAUGCAAUUGAACAAGUACAAAUACGUUUUGGUUGGGAAGCACCUGUUGCUUUAUUUUGUGUAUCAAUAGUAUGGUGGGAAAAUUAUGUUGAUAGAGAUAUUAAAUUAGGAAAAUUAAAUAUACCAUUAGGAACAUAUAAAAGACAUUUACAAUCUGUACGAUCAAAAGCAAAUAUAGGUGCAUCUAUAUGGAAAAUUGCACUUACAGUUGCAUUUAGUUUUCUUUUAUUACCAAAAGAACGUUUUGAAAAUGUAUUUGUAUCAUUUAAUAGUAAUCCAACAAAUAAUAUACUUAAUGAACCAUCAUUACAUACAGGUUCAGAUUUAAAUAAUUAUGAUGCUGGUUCAUUAUCAAAUCAAUUUGAUAUGGGUAAUAAUAAUAAUGAUUUACCUGUACGACAUAAACGUCAAAUGCCAUUAUUUCCUACUGAUGAUAAUAAUACAAUAAUGGGUAAAAUAGGUGGUAAUGCAGAUCAAAUGUCUUUAUUUCCGGGUAAUGAUGAUGAUCCAAAUAUAGCAGCUGAUCCAUUUGAUUUUCAACCAGAUCGAGAAAAAACUAUUGAUGAUUAUUGGCAUUCUAUAGGACCAUUUGUUCCUAUGAUAAUUCAUUUUUUUUCUACAGGUCUUUGUUAUUAUUUUUCAAAAUCAGCAUGUAAAAUGCAAAUGCAACGUAUGGCAUUUGCUGUACCCUUAACAUUAGCAACACCUGUUACAUUAGCUAUAAUGAUUGGUUUAUGUCAAUGGAAAACUGAUCAAAUUGUAUUUAUACGUGAAAUAAUGUAUUGGGAAUGUAGUGAAAAUUUAAAUACAACACGUAUAACAUGGCAUAUUAUUAUUGGUUUAUGUCUAUGGUAUUUAUCACAAUUAUGGAUAACAUCACAUAUAUGGUUUCCAGAAAAUAAACGUUUAGCUACAACUGAAACAUUAUUUGUUCUUCCACAAUAUGAUAGUUCAUUAAUUGAACAAUCACUUUUAUUAAAUCGACGUCGUAAUGAACCAGAACAUCAAAAAAAUAAAUUAGAAGAACAUUUUGAAGAUUUAGAUAUUAUUGAUGGAAUGGCUGCAUUUUCUGAAGAUGAAAAAUUAGAAAAUAAUACAAAAAUUUAUUUAUGUGGAACACUAUGGCAUGAAACUAUUAGUGAAAUGAUUCUUAUGCUUAAAUCCAUUAUGAGAAUGGAUAUUGAUCAAAGUGCAAGGAGACAAGCGAGAGAUGAAUUUCAAGUUAUUGAUCCAGAUUAUUAUGAUAUGGAAGCUCAUGUCUUUUUUGAUGAUGCAUUUUAUCAUGAUGAAAAUCAACAACGUACAUUAAAUAUGUUUGUCAAAGAUUUUUUCGAAGCUAUUAAUAAAGCUGCUGGAAUUGUUCAUGAUGUUGAAGGUAUGAAAUUAGCACCACCACAAAAAACAGCAACACCCUAUGGUGGUCGCUUAUCAUGGCGAUUACCAGGUGGAAAUUUACUUGUUGUUCAUCUUAAAGAUAAACUUAAAGUUAGUAAGAAAAAACGAUGGAGUAUGGUCAUGUAUAUGUAUUAUUUACUUGGUUAUCGUAUUCUUGGUCAAUGUGAACAACGAAUGAAAUCAUUAAUUAAAUUAAUCGAAGACUCACCAGAUAAAAGAAAUUAUCGUAGACAUUUUGAUCAAAACGAAGAUUUACAUGUUUAUUAUAAAGAUAUUCUUGGACCACGUUUAUUACUUGAAGCAGAAAAUACAUUUAUUUUAUCUGUUGAUGGUGAUGUUGAUUUUGGUCCUGAUUCAGUUCGAAUGUUAAUUGAUCGAAUGAAAAAAGAUAAAAAAGUUGGAGCAGUUAGUAGUCGAAUUCAUCCUAUUGGCAGUGGUCCAUUAAUAUGGUAUCAGAAAAUGGAAUAUGCUAUGUGUUAUUGGUUACAAAAAACAACUGAACAUAGUCUUGGUUGUGUUUUAUGUGCACCUGGUUGUUUUGCAUUAUAUCGUGCAUCAGCUUUAAUGGAUGACAAUGUAAUGAAAGUAUUUGCAGCACGUUGCGAAUCACCAGAAGAUUAUCUUCUACAAGAUUUAGGUGAAGAUCGAUUUUUAAGUAAAUUAUUAAUUGAACAAGGUUAUAGAAUUGAAUAUUGUGCCGCAGCUGAUGCAUAUACACAUGCACCAGAAACAUUUACAGAUUUUUUUAAUCAACGCCGUCGAUGGAUACCAUCAACACUUGGUAUAACUGUAUCAAUACUUAAAAAUUAUCGUCGUACAAUACGUAUUAAUGAAAGUGUUUCAUUUUUAGCUAUACUUUAUCAUGUUUUUUAUCUUGCUUUAUAUAUAUUAAGUCCAGCAACAAUAACAAUAGCUAUAGCUGAUGCAUUUAAUGCAACAACUGAUAUUGAUGUAUGGGCUGCAUAUACACUUGCUUGUUUUCCUGCUAUUGCAUUUUUAAUGAUUUGUUAUCAUGAUAUAACGGAAGAAAAAAAAAUUAUUUGUGCAGCUAUAUUUGGAACAUAUUAUGCUAUUGUUAUGAUGAUUGUUGUUGUUGGUACAAUACCUCUACCAGGUAUAAUAUCAGGAAUUGAUAAUAGUCAAGCACAAACAAAUUUAUUAUCUAAUCGUCAAACGCUACCACCAUUUCGUCUUCCAACAGCAUCAUCAUCAUCAUCAUCAUCAGCAACAAAUCGAAAAUCAUCAAGAAACACUUCAUCAAUUUCUCGUUCUCAUAUGAUUACUUCUCGUUCGACAACACAAUCUAUUCAAUCAGCAUUAGCUGAUAAUAGUUCAAAUAUUAAAAAACCUAUAGCCGAUGGUACUAUUCGUUAUGUAAACAGUCGUCAUGGUUUCGAAGUUCAACGAUAUUCAUCAGCAAAUUGGUUAUCAACUGAUAUAUAUACGAAAGAUGCUUGUCAAGCACAUGAAAAAACCUUUCGUCAAAUGCUUGAUAAAAAACGUCAAAUUGAACGUUUAUCACGUAGUAUAUAUUCAUCUGACUAUUAUAGUAAACGAUGGCAUGAAUUAUUACAAUCAUAUAAACAAGGUUAUUUAACACAUGCAGAAUGGGCUAAACAAAAUUAUCAAUUAUAUUGUUUAAAAACAUUAUAUACUCAAGCAAAAAGACGUGAACAAAAGGAUAUGGAUUUAGAUAAGCAAGAAUUACUUCGUGCUCGUGCUAAAAGUGCAUUUGAUGAAUGGAAAGAAACAAAAUGUGAAGAACCUUCUACAAAUCGUAAUCGUUUAACAACAGCUCGUAGUCACCAAACAUUAGAAGGAACAUCUGUUAAUGCAAAUAAUUCAUUUUCUACUGGUAUAUCAAAAACAACUGAUGAAAAUCAUACAACAUCAGUAGAUACGAAUCGUCGUAUAUCAAUAUCAACUAGUGGUGAUUGUGAACUUCAAAAAAUAUCAAUUUAUCAACCAAUAAUAUCAUCAAAAAAUACAUCAACUAUAUCAUCCUCAAUAGGAUCAUAUAUAUUGGAUCAAGAACGAUGGUCUUUACAAGCAAUGCUUAAACGUGUCGUCGGACUUGCUGAACCAUUAUCACAAUCACCGAAAGUUGCUGAUCGUAAACAAUCACCUGUGACAAUUACAAGUAUUGAUAGUGGUUUUGAAUCAGUGACUUAG